AGCCUGGUCUUGGGGCCAGCAGCUCUCAGCUCUUCUGGGAGGACACCAGAUGUUCUCAAACCUGAGACUUUCAGAGAGUAGAGCUGAUGCUCCUCUACAUCCAGAGGAGCCAGUUAAGGUGGUUCAUCUUCCAGACGCCUCCUUUGGGAGGUGCUUCAGGGAUGUCCAACGAGACAAGCUGCUGCACCCCCCUGACCCUACUCUGUAUAAAGCUGAAGACAUUGGAUGGAUGGAUAGAAAUAAGGACUCACAAAGAUGUGGCAGCAUCUUUAGAUUUAUCAGUGAAAAAAAUGUUUAAAAACCAUUAUUUGGUGGGCUACAACUCUGAAGAGAAGCCCUACGCCUGUGACCAGUGUGGGAAGGCCUUCAAACAAAAGGGAAAUCUGAAGAGUCAUCUACUCACUCACACUGAUGAGAAGCCCUACACCUGUGACCAGUGUGGGAAGGCCUUCAAGCACAAGGAAUAUGUGAAGAGUCAUCUACUCACUCACACUGGUGAGAAGCCCUACACCUGUGACCAGUGUGGGAAGGCCUUCAAACACAAGACACAUCUGAAGAGUCAUCUACUCACUCACACUGGUGAGAAGCCCUACACCUGUGACCAGUGUGGGAAUGGAUUCAAACAAAAGGCACAUCUGAAUUAUCAUCUACUCACUCACACUGGUGAGAAGCCCUACACCUGUGACCAGUGUGGGAAGGCCUUCAAACACAAGGUAAAUCUGAAGAGUCAUCUACGCACUCACACUGGUGAGAAGCCCUACGCCUGUGACCAGUGUGGGAAGGCCUUCAAACACAAGGAAUGUGUGAAGAGUCAUCUACUCACUCACACUGGUGAGAAGCCCUACGCCUGUGACCAGUGUGGGAAGGCCUUCAUACAAAAGGGAAAUCUGAAGAGUCAUCUACGCACUCACACUGGUGAGAAGCCCUACACUUGUGACCAGUGUGGGAAGGCCUUCAUACAAAAGGCAUGUCUGAAUUAUCAUCUACGCACUCACACUGGUGAGAAGCCCUACACCUGUGACCAGUGUGGGAAGGCCUUCAUACAAAAGGGAAAUCUGAAGAGUCAUCUACGCACUCACACUGGUGAGAAGCCCUACACUUGUGACCAGUGUGGGAAGGCCUUCAAACAAAAGGGAAGUCUGAAGAGUCAUCUACUCACUCAAACUGAUGAGAAGCCCUACGCCUGUGACCAGUGUGGGAAUGAAUUCAAACGAAAGGCACAUCUGAAGAGUCAUCUACGCACUCACACUGGUGAGAAGCCCUAC